AUGAUUUCACCGAACGCCGAAUACAGCCUAGUCGAAUUAAUUAAAAAUAAAUUAUAUGGACAAGCUUCGAGAGUAGUAUUGAGCGGAGACUACAAUACUAUCGAACAACUGAUUACGGUGUUGAAAUCACGUUUUGCUCCGUUAUACUCAUCAAUACAAUUAUACGGAGACAUGUCGAAAAUGGCUCAGAUGCCGAACGAAGCAGUCGUCGACUAUAGCAGCCGAGUGUCCAAAGCCCAUGCUGUCAAGGCAUUUCUGACUGGGAUAAAACCAGAAAUCUUCAGUCAAAUGCGAAAUUGCGAAUUCAACACCUUGGAUGAAGCAGCAAUCAGUACAGCUAUUAAAGGCGAAGCAGAGUACAAAGAAAACAUGAUGAGGAUGAAAUUAACCGAGGGAUAUACCCAGGCCGUUCAAUGCAGCAACUGUGUUGGAUACGGCCACAGUACUAACACCUGUAGUAGCCGUUCAUUUCAAAGGCAGCAGAAAUCAAUGGAUACAACCAAACCGGGUUCCACAAAACCAAACCCCGUGAACCAGCGGCAAAACAUAGGUCGGAAUCCAACAAACCAACGCCAAGGAACGGGACAACUACCGGCUUUUCAACAUCCGGCAAAUCAACCUUCGGCAAAUCCGACUUUUCAACCCCCAGUAAAUCAACCUCCUAAUAACUGGUACCAAGGCACCGCAAACUGGAGAAGGCAACCUCCAAUAUGCGCUUAUUGCCAAAGCAUUGACCAUACUAUUGAGCAAUGCAGAAAGAAAAUGUAUCAAGAGAAGAUUAAAAGCCAACCGCAACAACCUACAACUCAGGAACCACAGAUACGAUACAUCGAAGUAAAAGCGCUGGAUACAGAGUCCAUAUUCCAUGUUGUGGAGGAUCUUCCAAUAGCGCACGAUGGAAUACUAGGAACGGAAUUCUUCAAAAAUAGCGGAGCGAACACUGACUACGCCAAAUCUAUGCUUAUAGUCAAUAAUUAUAUUAUACCAUUCCAAGAACCAUUAAUCACAAUACCAUCAAGGACUAGGACAACAAUACCUAUUAAAGUAAAAAAUAUGGAAGAAAAGACAGGCUUUAUACCAAAAAUUGAGAUACACCCACAAUUGUACAUGGGAAACGCCGUAGUAACAAACAGAACUGGCAUAGCCUUCCUUCAUGCAACAAAUGUCUCUUCUGAAGACAUCAAAAUUCAAAUGCCUACUGUUCAAUUAGAACCAUAUGAAGAAAUUAAAAUAGAAGAAGAAGAAGAAGAAGCACCAUCAGACUCUACCAAACUUCCAAAAAAGGAAAAUACACAAGGAAACAAAUCAUGGAGAUUAGUCAUCGACUUCAGAAAAUUAAAUGAAAAAACCAUUAGCGACGCAUAUCCCUUGCCAAACCUAGUCGACAUUUUAGAUCAAUUGGGAAGCGCAAAUUACUUCUCAAUAUUCGACUUCAAGUCUAGCUUCCACCAGAUACCCAUGCAUCUAGACGAUAAGCACAAGACAGCUUUUUCAACACCAUUUGGACACUUCCAAUUCAAGAGAAUGCCAUUUGGUUUAAAGAACGCUGCAGGUUCAUUCCAGAGGCUUAUGAACAACGUUCUGGAUGGUCUACAAGGGGUCGAAGCAUUCGUGUAUAUUGACGAUAUAGUAAUUUAUGCUAGCUCAAUAGAAGAACACGAAACAAAAUUCAAUAGACUUAUGGCAAGACUGAGAGAAGCAAAUCUAUAUCUCCAGCCGGAAAAAUACGAGCUACUGAGGAAGGAAGUAGCCUAUUUGGGACACAUUAUCACAGAAGAUGGAGUGAAGCCUGACCCGAAGAAAAUAGAAGCGGUCAAAGAGUUUCCAGUUCCAAAAACAGUAAAAAAUAUUAGGCAAUUCCUUAGUUUAUGCGGAUAUUAUAGAAGAUUCAUAAAAAGUUUUUCAAAGAUAGCUAAACCUCUAUCAGAUUUGACAAAAAAGGAACAAAAAUUUGAAUGGACACAGCAGCAACAACAAGCUUUCAUCAUCCUCAGAGAUAAAUUAUGCGAGGAACCAAUUCUUCAAUAUCCAGAUUUCACACAACCUUUCAACAUCACCACGGAUGCAUCUGGAAUCGCCGUUGGAGCAGUACUAAGCCAGGGCGAAAUUGGAAAAGAUCAACCAGUAUCAUAUACUUCAAGAGUGUUAAACAAGGCAGAAACUCAAUACUCUGCUACAGAAAGAGAACUAUUAGCAGUCGUAUACGCCGUAACUCAUUUUAGACCCUAUAUUUACGGAAGAAAAUUUUAUCUAAUAACUGACCACAAACCAUUAACGUGGCUGCAUAAUUUAACAGACCCCGCAUUAAGAUUAAUGCGAUUGAAACUAAAAUUAAGCGAAUACGACUACGAGAUCAAAUAUAAACCCGGAAAACAAAAUAUAAACGCUGAUGCAUUAUCCUGA